AAUGAUGGAGAACUUGAGUGAAGAAAUCAAAGAGAUCCUCUGCAAGUCCUUGCCAAAUCUGUCUGAAGAGACCCAGUGGCAAAUCAUUUUGAAACUUCAGAGUUCCGGCUUAGAGUCAAAAGAAGACUUAAAAUAUGUACAACAGGAAGACCUUGCUGAUCUGCUACCUGUUAUCCAGCGCCGUAAACUCCUGGAUGCAUUCAAACUAGAAACUGAGAUAAUUCUAUUGGAUUUAGAAGCCAUUCCAACUUCAACACUACUGAGUAGUGCACCUGAGUCUUCAUUAUCAUGCACUCCGCCUCAUUCUAGCUCAUCAGAGCUAUCGGCCAUUGCAUCAUGUUCAAACCAGGCAAGGAACUGCGAGCCAAGCAACAGACCUUCCAGAUCUCAGAUACUGAAAACAUGGCCAGAAACAUUCCAGGUGCCUUGGGAACAAAUGCCACAAGAAAUUCGUUCUGCAAUUGCAGAUGGCAAGAGACCUAAACCAGUGGAACGUCGCCAGAUGGUACGAAUACUUGCAGAUGAAAUGAGAAGGUAUGAAGCUAAUCCCACUCGUGCACAGUGCCUAUCUGUGGUUCAAAAUAUCAUCAGGCAGUACCCAAAGAGUUUUGCUGACAUGACACCAGAUGGGUCACUUCUUGGUGGAGGUUACACAUCUUUUGAU